UCAUAAAUAUUCGUCAAGCAGUUCUAUUGCUACGGGCAAGUCCCUGUGCCCAGCCCCGACUUCUCGAUUUCGUAGUUGAUCUAUUAGAAUUUGCAAUAGAAUAGCAUCUGACAGGUUCUCUACCCCAAGAGGAAAUAACAGAGGCUUUUAUCGACUACUUGUCAUUGUAAUUUUUCACACCCGUUUUUCACUGGAUUUCUGUCCAGUUAUUCUAUUAUCUUUUUAUCCCUACCGUUCCCUUUUGGAUUUACGAAGGGCGUAUUGGUGGUCAGACUGUACCGGGAGUUUGUUAUCCUGUUCUUCGAUAUAUUUGAGGAAUGACUGCAACUGGAAAAGGACUGCGAAUCGCUUGAAUGGAAAAAAUGGAAUACAACGAUCUUGAGAACRACUUUGAUGAGAAACUGACAUUAACAGAGAAAUGUCUCCCCUCCACACCAGAGCCUCGGCCCAUCCAGAAUGAAGACAAGGAGAUAAUCAAGGACCUACUGACACCAGAUGACUCAGACAUUUCAGACCUCUCACCAAACACAGAGUCCUGUCCCAAAACAGACCUCUCCCCAAACACAGAGAUCUGUCCCAAAACAGAGCCCACCUCAAAGACAGAGUCCUCCACCAAGACAGAUGCCAGACCUGGCACCCCUGGGUCUAGUACCAGCCCCCAGCCUAAAAAAGGAGAUGGGUUGAGCACAGAGCAACGACAGAAGCAGGCCAAGGAGCGGAGGGAGGAGAGGGCCAAAUACAUUGCGGCUAAGAAGGUCCAGUGGCUGGAGAAGGAGGAGAAGGCGAGGCGUCUGAGGGAGAGCCAGCUGGAGGAGCGCAGGAAGAGGCUGGAGGACCAGAGACUGAAGCUUGAGAAACGAAGAGCCCUCCUGGAGGAGAAACAGAGGCAGAAACUUGAAAAGAACAAGGAACGCUACGAGGCGGCCAUCAAGAAGUCAACCAAAAAGACCUGGGCUGAGAUUCGUCAGCAGAGAUGGUCCUGGGCUGGCGGCCUCAACCAGACCUCCCGCAGACAAACUCGCAGUCUGCGUCUAAGCCCGUGGGAGAGCCGCAUCGUGGAGAGGCUCAUGACUCCCACCCUGUCCUUUUUGGCCCGCAGCCGCAGUGCUGUGACCCUGCUCAACCCCAGCGACUCCCGGGACCUCCACUCUCACCACUGCUCCCGUUCAGCCUCAGCCAGCCCCCUGGACGCCUGCUCCCACCACCACCCUCACCGGAACCCCUCCGAGCGCUGGAGGGGAGGAGUGUCCGCCAGCACGCCUGACAUCACACAGCGCCAACGCCGACGGAGCUCAACGCCGUUGGAUAAGAAAAAGAAAGAGAAGAAAGACAAGGAGAGGGAGAACGAAAAAGAGAAGAAUGCUCUUUCCAAAGAGAUCGUGCUGAAGAAGAAGACCCCAACAACGACCUCGACCACCACCAGAUCCAGGCCGGCGUCAAGCAGUACCCCCAAACCGAAAAACAGACCUCCGUCGCCUGCGGCGCCCAAAAGCAGACCGUUGUCCCCCUGCCCUCCAAUGGCCCCCAAGAAACCCUCCACAGACAAGAAGACCCCCUCGGGCACCAAAACCCGCCCCAAACGAGCCCAGACACCUGCCAGGGUACAGCCCCAGCCGGUCGCCGCUGUCACCGUGGAAACAACCAGCGAGCCCCAUCAGCCAGACACUCCUGAGACAAAGAGCGCCAGUAACGUUCCUGCCAUUAUGGUGUCUUCGGCGCCGGUGACACCCCCAUCUCUGAGUGCACCAGUCACAGUGGUCACCUCCACUCCUGCCUCAACCCUUGAGCUGGCUACCCCAACUGCCCCAAUUGCCAUGGCUGCCUCAGCUUCCCCGGCUACAUCAUCUACUCCAGCUUCUAGGCACUCAGCCGGCACCAACGACCCAGAGGAAGCAGCACGAGUGCUGGCUGAGAAACGCAGACAGGCCAGAGAGCAACGGGAGAGAGAAGAGCAGGAGCGCCUUGAGCAGGAGCAGAGGUUAAGGAUUGCUCGAGAGGAGGAUGGCUCGGAGGCGGAGGAGAGGAGGCGCCAGGGAGGAGGAGGCGCACCUCAUGGCAGAGGACAGCGUCUGAGAGACGAGGCGCAGCGUCUGGAGGAGGAGGAGGUGGUGCGGGAGCGAGCCGGGCUGAAACAGAGCAGAAUGAAGCCGCAGAAACAGGUACAGUGGAGAACAAAUGGACAUGGUUCCAUUUCUUUGUCAAGCAAUUUCCUUGUUAUCAUAAUAACAGCACAUAUAGUAGGCCUAUUCAAUCAUACUAUUGAUAAUCUAUUGAUCAUGUUGUUUUCCCCUGUCUGUCUGUGUCAGAGGGAAGAGGCUGAUGUCAGAGCUCGUGAGGAGGCGGAGCGUCAGCGCUUGGAGAGAGAGAAGCACUUCCAGAAGGAGGAACAGGCGCGCCUGGAGAGAAAGAAGCGCCUUGAGGAGAUCAUGAAGAGGACACGUAAGAGUAGUGAUGCUGGAGAAAAGCCUACACUGCCGAAGGAUUCCAAUUCCCCAGCACAGGCCAAUGGCAAGGACACUACGGACAGAAGUAAAGCUCCUGAGAGCCAGCAGAGUGCAGCAGAGUCUGCCCCUGUGCUGAAUGGUGUCCAGCCAGCCAAGCACCAGAACGGUCUCUCAGCCAAUGGCGAGGCUGCUGACUUUGAGCAGAUCAUUCAGAUGCCCAAUCACAGCGGGAGCACCAAAGGUGGGCCGGGGCAACUGGGGAGUGACAUAGUCAGUGACCCAAUCCUGGAGCCCUUCCUCAUGAAAACAGGUCCAAUGAAGCCUCAGCUUGCUGCAGGUAGCUAUGCAGAAGUCCUCUGAGACACCAGGCCUUACACCACCGGUCGAUCCAAUCCAUUGGUGCCACACGACACAACAGCUUAUAAAUAAAAAGUGUGCCAAACAGAAAAACUAUGGACUGCUUUUAAAUCACUAAAAACAUAUAUCUAAUGCCGCAGAGGUUGAGGAGGAAGAAAACUCUGCGAAGAAAUACUAGUUGAAAAAUGAACAACAAAAAAAGCAAAAAAUGAUGUCUGUCUUCUUCACGGUGUGUUAUAGUGCAACAUGUGUUGAGCUUUAUUGAAAAUGUCACAUGCAGAGGUUAUGGUGCACCUUAAAAYGACUGACAGUGUAAUAUUAGGAAUUUUUGAGAAUUGUAAGACCUGGAAAUAUACAAUAUUUGACUAUGGUUGUAAUUAUUAUUAUCAUCAUCAUCAUCAUUGUUGUUAUUCUAUUGCUAUUGUUAUCUUAAGUUGAACAAAGUGUGUGUUGGUUCUUUUUGUCUUGAAUAAUUGAGUUAUUGAACUAGGGGAGGUAGCAGAGCAGUGUGUAAAUGUAUAUGAGCCUGGCUGCCUAGGCCUCCUGCCAUGGGGGAGCUGUGGGAUAAAGCUUCAUGAAAUGGA